AUGGAUGAUUUAAUAGAAUAUAUCUUCUAUACAGAAUUGGUUACUGAAAUUCUGUCUCCUUCUCUCUGUCUGUCUCCUUCUCUCUGUCUGUCUCCUUCUCUCUGUCUGUCUCCUUCUCUCUGUCUGUCUCCUUCUCUCUGUCUGUCUCCUUCUCUCUGUCUGUCUCCUUCUCUCUGUCUGUCUCCUUCUCUCUGUCUGUCUCCUUCUCUCUGUCUGUCUCCUUCUCUCUGUCUGUCUCCUUCUCUCUGUCUGUCUCCUUCUCUCUGUCUGUCUCCUUCUCUCUGUCUGUCUCCUUCUCUCUGUCUGUCUCUUCUCUCUGUCUGUCUCCUUCUCUCUGUCUGUCUCCUUCUCUCUGUCUGUCUCCUUCUCUCUGUCUGUCUCCCUUCUUCUGUCUCCUCUGUCUGUCUCCCUUCUCUCUCUCUGUCUGUUCUCUCUCUGUCUGUCUCCUUCUCUCUCUGUCUGUCUUCUCUCUGUCUGUCUCUUCUCUGUCUCUCUCUCUGUCUGUCUCCUUCUCUCUGUCUGUCUCCUUCUCUCUGUAUUGGCAUGGACUCAAGUGUGACUCCUUUGAGACAUGGUGGGCUCUCAUUGGUGCAGACAACAGACUUUUUCUACCCUCUUGUUGAUGAUCCUUAUAUGAUGGGUAAGAUAGCUUGUGCCAAUGUUUUGAGUGACCUGUAUGCUAUGGGUGUCACUGAGUGUGACAAUAUGUUGAUGCUGCUGGGUGUGAGUAACAAAAUGACAGAUAAGGAAAGAGACGUUGUUGUUCCAAUCAUGAUGCGUGGCUUCAAGGACUUGGCUGAGGAUGCAGGCACACAGGUAUCAGGUGGCCAAACAGUAGUUAACCCAUGGUUGACUAUUGGUGGAGUGGCUACCACUGUGUGCCAAUCAAAUGAGUUUAUCAUGCCUGACAAUGCUGUUGUUGGUGAUGUACUUGUCCUUACCAAGCCUCUUGGCACUCAGGUGGCAGUGAAUGCACAUCAGUGGUUAGAUCAACCAGAACGAAUGUCCAGACUUAAAAUGGUAGUAAGUGAAGAUGACAUAAGAAAGGCUUAUCACAGAGCCAUGUGCAGUAUGUCACGCUUAAAUAGAACUGCUGCUCGACUGAUGCACAAAUAUAACGCCCAUGGUGCUACUGAUGUCACUGGCUUUGGACUGAUCGGACAUGCCAAAAAUUUGGCCAAAAUUCAAAAGAAUGAAGUCAGUUUUGUCAUCCACAACUUGCCAAUAAUAGCCAAGAUGGCUGCUGUCAGCAAAGCUUGCGGCAAUAUGUUUGGUUUGCUGCAGGGACAAUCGGCUGAGACAUCUGGUGGUUUGUUAAUUGCCCUUCCGCGUGAGCAGGCUGCUGCCUACUGCAAGGAUAUUGAGAAGCAAGAAGGAAACCAGGCUUGGAUUAUUGGAAUUGUGGAGAAAGGCAAUCGAUCAGCCCGAAUUAUUGACAAGCCUCGGACAAUAGAAGUACCAGCAAAGGAAAAGGAAGGAGAGUUAUGGUAA